AUGGCUGAUUUUGGCGAGAUCCUGAGGUCCAUUGGAGACUUUGGAUUAUUCCAGAAGCUCAUACUAUUGGGACUAUGCUUCCCAAAUCUUGUCCUGCCUUUCCACCUGGCCAGUUUGAUUUUCAUCCAGUCAGACCCUGAGCGCCACUGUAACACUGACUGGAUACUUAGAGCUGGUUCCAAUCUGAGCAGUGAGGAACAGCUGAAUCUGACCGUGCCCCGGCAGGAGGAUGGAACCUUCAGUAGGUGCCUGAUGUUUACCCCUGUAGACUGGGACAUUGACAUCAUUAGGGAGCAUGGACUCAAUCAGACCACUGACUGCCAGAAUGGAUGGGUGUACAACAAUAUAGUCUAUGAAGCCACCAUAGUCACUGAUUUUGAUCUUGUCUGUGGCAAAGCUAACGUUGUCGGACUUGCACAAACUGUGUUCAUGGCUGGCAUUCUUCUUGGUUCACUCUUGUUUGGACCUUUUGCUGAAUCAUUUGGUCGCCAACGAGCAACUCAAAUACCCAUGGUUAUUAUGCUCAUUUUUACUGUAACGACAGGCUUGUCUCCAAACUUUUACUUGUAUAUGGCAUCCCAGUUUUUAGUAGGGAUCGCAUAUGGUGGAUUUCGAAUCAACUGCAUUGUAUUAGCAACUGAAUGGGUCGGAGUGACAAAACGUUCUUAUGCGUCUUGUUUGAGUCAGACGUUCGGUGGAGUUGGCCAGUGCAUCCUUGCUGGCAUGAUCUUCUUCAUCCGAGACUGGAGACUUGCUCAGUUUGUCAUGGCUGUACCAAUAGCAGUGGUCACAGUGUACAUAUGGUUUAUUCCUGAAUCAGCCAGGUGGUUAUUGGAUCAGGGGAAAACAGAGGAAGCUAAGAAGUUGAUACUCAGGGUAGCAGCCAUCAACAAACACACAGUUCCAGAUACCAUUCUAGAGAAGAUAGCUGAGGAGAAAGUUGUUCAGAAGGGAGGCAUACUCAUUCUCAUCAGAUCUCCUGUACUUAGGAAAUACUUCUUAACUAUUACUCUUGCAUGGUUCUCGUUAAACCUCUCGUACUACUGUCUGUCCUUGAACGUUGGAAACUUUGGCCUGGACAUCUUCUUGACACAGCUCAUGUUCGGACUCACAGAGAUACCAGGUCAUAUACUCUGCAUCUUUAUACUGGAAUAUUUGGGGAGGAAGAUAUCCUUAAUGUCUACCCUUCUGUCGGGCGGAUUCACAUGCUUCCUAAUCCUGGCUGUUCCACAAG